ACUUUAUUUUAAACUUUGAAUAGUGGAAACACUAGCUGCGGCCACGUUUCGCCAAUCUUGUUAGUUCUUCGCUCAUCAGUCAUUUUAUAACAUUAUAAUUCUUUUGCCGGAUUUCACAAAAGAAAUACAUUAAAAAUGAGUGCUCCAGCACCGACGCCUGCUUACAAAAUUGGAAUCGUGAAGCAGGUACUAUCGGGAGAUACGAUAGUAAUAAGGCGACAGCCUCAAGGCGGGCCGCCUCCAGAGAAAGUGAUCGCGCUCUCCGGCAUCACGGCACCCAAGCUUGCGCGCCAGAGAACCGCCAACAAUGAUACGGAGUCAAAGGACGAGCCCUACGCGUGGGAAGCUCGUGAGUUCCUCAGGAAACUAGUGGGUCGGGAAGUCAUCUUCACCGCCGAGAAACCACCAAAUUCGGCGACCAGAGAGUACGGAAGCGUGUGGGCUGGCAAGGACCCCACUAAAGAUGAAAAUCUGACUGAAGCCCUUCUUGCUGAAGGCUUGGCAAAGGUUAGAGAUGGUGGCAGAAACAUACCCCAACUGAAAAGACUGGUUGAGAUCGAGGAUAUUGCCAAGUCGCAAAACAAGGGCAUUUGGGGAACUGAUCUACAGGAUCAUGUGAGAGACAUCAAAGUUUGGACUGACAGCCCAAAGAGCUUUGUCAACAAAUUCAAUAAUCAGCCAACCAAGGCGAUUAUCGAGUAUGUACGCGAUGGAUCAACUGUCCGACUUUGCUUGCUUCCGGACUACUACCAGAUCACCCUUAUGCUGUCGGGAAUUAGAUGCCCUCCCGUGAGACAAGAUGGAGAAUCAGAGCCAUAUGCUGAAGAGGCUCGUUUCUUCCUGGAGUCCAAACUGCUGCAAAGAGACGUGGAAGUAAUUCUUGAGUCUGUCAAUAACAACAACUAUGUGGGAACUAUCUUGCACCCUCAGGGCAACAUUGCUGAGGCUCUCCUGAGACAGGGCUUUGCCCGAUGCGUAGACUGGUCUCUGGCUGUCAUGAAAUCUGGUGCCGCUGCAUUGAGGAAUGCUGAAAAAGCCGCCAAAGAUGCUAAGCUUCGUAUUUGGACGAACUACGUAAGCAAUGCUCCCAUCAUUGCUGCCAAGGACAAAGAAUUUACUGCCCAUGUCUUGGAAGUUGUCAACGGUGAUGCACUUGUAGUCAAGAUGCCCAACAACACUCAGAAGAAAAUAUUCUUAGCCAGCAUAAGACCGCCACGUGAAAAGAACAGUCCAGAUGAGGAAGGCAAGAACUCUCCGAGGCCAAAGGGUUUCAAGCCCCUCUAUGAUAUCCCGUGGAUGUACGAAGCCCGCGAAUUCUUGAGAAAAAAAGUCAUUGGAAAGAAGGUUAACGUGACUGUCGAUUACAUUCAGCCUGCUAAAGACAACUUCCCUGAAAAGAGCUGCUGCACUGUUAUCUCAGGAGGAGUUAAUCUGGCGGAAGCAUUAGUGUCAAAGGGCUAUGCCACCGUGGUCCGGUACAGAAACGACAAUGAUCAAAGAAGUUCUCACUAUGACAAGCUUCUGGAAGCAGAACUUAAGGCGCAGAAAGCUGGCAUUGGUGUUCACGCUAAAAAGGACAUACCCACUCACCGCAUCCAGGACACCAGUGGGGACUCUGCCAAAGCCAAGAAAUUCUUCCCAUUCCUAAAGAGAGCUCAAAAGACUGAAGCCACAGUUGAAUUUGUUGCCAGUGGAUCUCGUAUGAGGAUAUAUAUUCCGAAAGAAUCUGUGUUGGUGACCUUCCUCCUGGCUGGCAUCAACUGUCCGAGAGCAUCGCGGCCAGCUAUCGGGGGCGGUGGCAUGCAGAAUGCCGAGCCAUUUGGCGAAGAAGCCUUGCAGUUCACCAAGGAAAGAUGCCUUCAGCGUGACGUAGUAGUGAGUAUUGAAGAGAUGGACAAAGCUGGCAACUUCAUUGGUUGGUUGUGGAACGAAAACGAGAACUUAUCGGUCGCCUUGGUCGAAAAUGGACUCGCCUCAAUGCACCACACGGCUGAAACGUCGGAAUUCGCGCGUCAAAUCAAAACCGCUGAAGAAAACGCUAUUAAGAAACGCCUGGGCGUAUGGAAGGAUUAUGUAGAAGUUGAAAAAGAAACUGAGGAAAAAAGAAAUGCUCCUAUUCAAGAUCGUACCGUAAAAUACGAGAAAGUUGUGAUUACCGAAAUAACACCUGAAGGCAACUUUUAUGCUCAGAACGUUGAUUUGGGCACUAAGCUUGAGAAUCUUAUGGAGAAAAUUCAUCAAGAAUUCAAGAACAAUGCUCCCUUGCCUGGAUCUUACGUCCCUAGACGGGGCGCCAUCUGUGCAGCUCGUUUCACAUUAGACGAUCAAUGGUACAGAGCUAAAGUUGAGAAAAUUACUGAAGAUAAAAUGGCCCACAUUUUCUACAUUGACUAUGGAAACCGUGAGGUCGUGAGCAUCACGCGACUGUCUACGCUGCCCGCCGGCACGGAGACUGAGCCAGCAUACGCUAGCGAGUUCUCGCUGUGCUGUGUGAAGUUCCCCUCGGACCCUGACGACCGGUCGGAGGCCGUGGCCGCCUUCUCUGCCGAUACCCUCAACAGGAAGCUGCUGCUCAACGUGGAGACCCGAGGCCCACCCCCCUGCGUAACCCUCGUUGAUCCCAACACUAACGUUGAUGUCGGCAAGAAUCUGAUCAAGGAGGGUCUGGUGCUGCUGGAGACGGUGCGCGAGCACCGGCUGGCGGCGCUGAUGGCGGAGUACCGCGCGGCGCAGGAGCACGCCAAGAGCUCGCGCCUUAACCUGUGGCGCCACGGAGACAUCACCGACGACGACGCCGUCGAGUUCGGCGCGCGCCGCUAGCAACACGCCACGGACUCGCCCACGCACACGCUGCACUGCGACACCUGCACUCCGAUACACAUACAGACCAUCGUGUACAGAGUCAUACAUCCAUUCCUCUGAACGAUUCUAUAAUAAUCAACCGAUUUCUAAUACGUAAUUCCGACUAUCUCAUUGUUGUCUUCCUUGGUGUAUUUUAACAUUAUUUCCUUAGGAAAUAGUCCUUUAAAACCCACUACUUUUUUAGAAAUCGUGAAAUAUAAUAUUAUGGAGUUUAACACGUAAUAAUAUUGACUUAAAUCGUUUAAUGUGUAAUGCGUUGUCGUGCGGUAGUGUGGGGAGUAGACGUCGAACAUUCAAAUGAACACUUCACGUAAUAUGAUACUCGUGGCAUUAUGUGCCUCUAAAUUCGUAUCUCUGAAAAUAUUGUAAUAGUAUCUGGUAUUAAGCGACAUAUAAUAACUAUACAUAAUGUAGUAUCUUUUAUAUGUUUAUGUUACUACAAUAAUUUAAUAUAGUUGAUUGAGUACGACAGAUACAAAUUGUUGAUUUAUUUACUUUUUUACUUUUUUGUAUAUCUGAAAACAAAAUUAACAUUAUAUUUUGUUGUUAAUUUCAUUAUUUAUUAUCGAUGAUUUCAUUCAGACCUUUGCUUUAUAUCGUUGUUAUAUUCCAUUUCCUUUCUUUUACACUUCUAUUUACAAUUAUAUACACAACUUAUCUUUGGAUGUUGAUUGAUGUUUAAUUGAUAUUCAUAAAAGUACUAGUGAGGAGUUUGAUUAUUCAUGAUCGAAAAUGAGUUGAUUCUUUUGUAUCUUUAUUUAAUGGAUAAUUGUACGAGUGUCUUUCCGAUUUCGAUAACUUUAGCUUCGUAUUUCGUGCUUAUAAGAAUACAUAUUGUAUGAACCUACCUCUCUCCUGGAGAUGUUUAUAGAAUUUAAUUUUACAUACAUUCAUAUUCAUUAGGGUACCAUACGUGGAGGAUUGUUAAAGAAACUUCGUAUAUUAAAAUAAAUAUUUUAGGAAUUUA